AUGCUGUUUUUUAACUGUUACACAUGUAGCCGGUGUCAGUUGCAAACUCAUCACGGAAAUAUUUUUUAUUUUUUUUAUGGUUUUAUUAAUACAAACUUUGCAGAAGACACGUACUGCCGGCAAGACACCGUUGUUUCUCAGCCGCUAAUGGUCUGGGUGAUGGAUACAGUGGAUGGAUCUGGACGCGACGCAAUGAGAUAUUUGUCUUGGGCUGAUAUAUAUAUCGUUGUAUAUGAUGUUACAUCACAACUUUCUCUACAAUAUGCAGAAUCUACUCUGCAGCAAAUAUCUACUCAUGAGCAUCAUCUUUGUGCUCGACAGCAUAAGUGCCUGUUGGUUGGUAACAAAGCUGACCUUGAGCGUUACAGGCAGGUUAGUGAGUCUGACGGGGAGAAACUGGCGAAAAGAUUUGGUGCUAUGUUUGGGGAAGUUUCUGCCGUGGAUGAAUGCGAACGAGUGGCUACGUUGGUUCGAAAGCCGAUUGCCGCUCUUAUUGCUGAUCGAACCAAGCGCAGAAGUCCAUCUCCACGACUGUACUCAUCAGAUUCAGAAAUCGCUUCGUCUGGUAUUCAUAUAAAGAAAUCUUCUCUAACGAGUAAGACAAGUUUUUCUGCAUCUUUGAAGAGCGUUGGUCGUUCAGGAACGUUGCGGAGGAGCUCCAAAAGUCCCAAGCCUUUAGAUAUAAACAAAGUGCCGACUACAAAGAAAACUGGCAAUAAACUGCUGAAGUUAUUCCAUAAUUAG